GAGGGAGGCAGGGGAGAGCAACGCCCCUGUCAACAUUGCCACAUGAUGAUUUCUUGUUAUAAAAUAACUUUAGACGUAAAAUGCCUGAGGAGAUAAAACACGAAGUAGUGCUGAAAACACAGAAAUCUUUGGGAAAAUAUGUGAAAAAACCGCCACUAAGUGAUAAAUUGCUAAAGAAACCGCCAUUUCGUUUUUUACAUGAUGUGAUCAAUACAGUGAUAAAAGAAACAGGAUUUUUAAAAGGACUUUUCUCAGAAGAAGAGUUAAAUUCCGAAAAAGUGAAAGAAAAAGAUGCCAAAUUGGCCUUUUUGAGCAAAUUAAUUGAUGCCGUUAAGGCACUCACAAACACCAAUUUGGCUGUGCGUCCGAGUAAAAUCAUAGCUGGAUUGGAACCAACUGAGACUAACUUGUUAUUGCAAGCAAUUGCAAAAGCAAUAGAAAAAAAAGUAGACAGUACUGAAUACAUAAAUAAAUUACAGUCUGGACAAAUCAUUACUAACGAAAAAAAUAAAAAAACAAAGAAACCUGCAGAGAAAAACGAUAAAGUUAAAAAAACACCUAAAACAACCAACGCAAAUGAAACGAAAACCCGCCCUUCAAAAACUAACGAGAAGCAAGUGAAUAAUGAAACCCCAAAAUCCACAGACAGAGACAAAAAUAAGACAAGACGUACAUCCAAAGAGACUAAAAGCAAACCAGAUUCAGAAGAAGUAAAAACCAAAACGAAAGAAAAGUCCAAAAAGAAAGACAAAGUCAAAGAAAUUGUGUCUGACGAUGUCAUUCAAACCGAGAAAGAAAACGUUCAGAACGCAGCUUCGACUCUGGAUGCAGCCGCAGAAGUCAGCAAAAUUAACGCGAAAAACGCCGCUCAAACUGCUGAAAUUUCUAACAAUGAAGCGAAUAGUAAUCGAUCCGUUCCAGAUGAAGACACGAUUAAAAUAUCUGUGGAAGGCCCGGAAUCUUCACUAGUCAGUGAAACUAAAACUGAAAAUGAAACGAAAAAAAGAAGCACAUCGGCGUCACGCCCAAAAUCUGCACGACCAAGAAGUGGUGACUUGAAGGAUAAGGUCAUUCAAGAAGAGAGUAGAGAACCGGUGCACAUUCAAAGUCGUCCUAAAAGUUCCCUGAGACCGCCAAGCGUUAGACCUUCGAGUGCCAGACCCGGUGCUCCUCGUUUAAGGCCUGAUUCCGCACUUCCUAUUAAAGAGAUUGUUCCAAUGGGGAAAAUUAACGUUAUCGUUGAAAAUUUUGAUAAAGAUGACGAAGAAGAGACUGUAAUUAUUCAGAGUAAUCCUGAAGUCGUAGAGGAGCAUGUGGACAACAUUAGCGAUGUUCCUCGUGAUAAUAAGGGUCAUUUGGUUGAGCAGAUUUUGGAACAGAUCAAUGAAAGUGAAGUGAAUAAAGUCAGUACGACGGAGAAUGAGUGGCAGAAAGACAUUUUUUAUGGGAAAGAUUCCACAACUAAAGAAACUAACAAUUUGAGAUCACUUAUACAAACGCUUACAAAAACUGCAAAUCCUUUGGGGAAACUGUUGAAUUAUCUUCAUGAAGAUAUAGAUGCGAUGCAUGCUGAACUUGAAUCGUGGACCCACACUAAACGCCAGUUGUCCGACGAGAUUGACAAGCAGAGAAAGAUAAGCGCCGAGAAGAACAAACCUUUGGUUUUACAGCUUGAACAUUUGAAUCAGGAAAUACGCAAAAUCGAAGACGAAUUGGUGAUCACCAGGAAUAACAUCUUACGCAACGACGCCAAAAUAAAGGAACUAUUAUCAAAAUAAAGUUUAAAGGUUUUAUUACUGUUAUUUACGAUUUUGUUGAUUUUGUGAUUUCUUUGCACAAUUUUGUAAAUAGCUUAGACGUUUAACUUAGACCACGGGUUAAAUUUUUAACAUUAAAAUAAUUAUAAAGCAAAAAUCGAUUUUGAAACUGUAUUGUUGUAAAAUUUACAUUUUAUUACAAAACUGGCCCAAGUGUAAUGUUAAUAGUUUUAUAAGUAAAAUUAAAUAAAUAGCAAUGCGUUUUAAAACUAUAUUAGUAAAGAAAGGACAGGUGAAUAAAUAACAGGCAACCA